AUGGCUAUGCCUAAUGACACCCAGUUCCAUCCUUCUUCGUUCCUCCUCCUGGGUAUCCCAGGGCUAGAAGAUGUGCACGUCUGGAUUGGAUUUCCCUUUUUCUUUGUGUAUCUUGUUGCACUCUUGGGGAACGCUGCUGUCCUGUUUGUGAUCCAGACUGAGCAUAGUCUCCAUGAGCCCAUGUACUACUUCCUGGCCAUGUUGGAUUCCAUCGACCUGGGCUUGUCCACAGCCACCAUCCCCAAAAUGCUGGGCAUCUUCUGGUUCAGCCUCAGGGAUAUAUCUUUUGAAAGCUGCCUUUCCCAGAUGUUCUUCAUCCACUUCUUCACUGCCAUGGAGAGCAUUGUGUUGGUGGCCAUGGCCUUUGACCGCUAUGUUGCCAUUUGUAAACCCCUUCGGUACACCAUGAUCCUCACCAGCAAAAUCAUCAGCCUCAUUGCAGGCAUGGCUAUUCUGAGGAGCCUGUGCAUGGUGGCCCCUCUGGUAUUUCUCCUCCUGAGGCUGCCCUUCUGUGGGCACUAUAUCAUCCCUCAUACCUACUGUGAACACAUGGGCAUUGCUCGCCUGGCCUGUGCCAGCAUCAAAGUCAACAUAAUAUUUGGUCUUGGGGACAUGUCUAUUUUAUUAUUGGAUGUGCUCCUUAUAAUUCUCUCCUAUGUCAGGAUCCUCUAUGCUGUCUUCUGCCUGCCUUCCUCGGAGGCCCGACUCAAAGCUCUCAACACCUGUGGCUCUCACAUUGGUGUUAUCUUAGCCUUUUUCACACCAGCAUUUUUCUCUUUCUUGACACACCGUUUUGGCCACAACAUCCCCCAAUAUAUCCACAUCCUCUUAGCCAACCUAUAUGUGGUUGUUCCGCCAGCUCUCAAUCCUGUAAUCUAUGGGGUCAGGACCAAGCAGAUUAAGGAGCAGGUUUUGAGGAUCUUUUUAAAAGACAGUUAA